AUGGGCAUCGCCGUUGUUGAAACUCCAACAAAACCGUUCGCCGGCCAAAAACCCGGAACCUCUGGACUCCGUAAGCGUGUUCCUGAGUUUCAACAGUUGAACUACACUGAAAACUUCGUGCAAGCCAUUUUGGAUGCUGGUCUAGGAUCAAAGAAGAAAGGAGCGCAGUUGGUUGUUGGUGGAGAUGGACGGUUCCUUUCGAUGGAAGCAACCAACGUGAUUAUUAAAGUUUCCGCUGCCAAUGGACUCUCGCGCCUCAUCGUUGGACAGAAUGGUUUCCUGUCUACGCCAGCCCUCUCCAAUCUGAUCCGCAAAGGUCAUGAAGGACGUGUUGUCGAUGGAGGUAUUAUUCUCACUGCUAGUCACAAUCCAGGAGGUCCAAAGGGAGAUUUCGGAAUCAAGUUCAACUGUGAAAACGGAGGUCCUGCUCCGGAUCAUGUUACCGAUUCCAUCUAUCAAAUAACGACAAAAAUUGACAAGUAUCUGAUUGCCAAGGAUUUGGAAUGCGAUUUUACACAAGUUGGACGAUACGAAUAUGACAUUGAUGGUGUAGGUCACUUCACAGUGGACGUCAUUGAUUCAGUUACCGCAUACGUUGAUUUGAUGAAAGACAUUUUCGACUUCCCUAAAAUCAAAUCCCUUCUUGCUGGAGAAUUGACUGGACACAAAUUCCGUGUUCUCCUUGAUUCGAUGCACGGAGCCACGGGUCCUUACAUCUCAACAAUCCUUGUUGACUGUCUCGGUGCUGAUGCUAACAAUCUUCUCCGGACUGUUCCGAAACCAGAUUUCGCUGGAGGUCAUCCAGAUCCAAAUCUCACCUACGCCAAGACUCUUGUGGAACGUCUUCACACUGGAGAACACGAUUUGGGAGCUGCUUUCGAUGGAGAUGGUGACAGAAAUAUGAUUCUUGGAAAGAACGGAUUCUUUGUGUGUCCUAGUGAUUCACUGGCAGUAAUUGCUGACAAUAUAGAUUGCAUUCCAUACUUCAGAACUCGUAAAGUCAAUGGAUUUGCUCGUUCAAUGCCAACUGCUGGAGCUGUUGAUUUGGUUGCCAAAUCAAAGGGACUUCAAGUUUACGAGACGCCAACUGGAUGGAAAUAUUUUGGAAACUUGAUGGAUGCUGGCCGCAUCGCUAUUUGUGGAGAAGAAUCUUUCGGAACAGGAUCUGAUCAUAUUCGUGAGAAGGAUGGUGUCUGGGCAUUGCUCGCCUGGCUUCAAAUUCUUGCUGAACGCAAAGAGACAGUAGAGGAAAUUGUUUCGAAACACUGGCAAAAGUACGGAAGAAAUGUUUUCACUCGUUAUGACUAUGAGAAUGUGGAUGCCGCUGGAGCUAACUUGUUGAUGACUUUCCUCGAAGCUCAACUCCCUGCGUUCGUUGGAAGAGAUUUCUCUGCAAACGGUGUCACUUAUAAGGUUUGUGUGGCAGUUGCUGACAACUUCCAGUACACUGAUCCAGUCGAUGGGUCUGUUGCUACCAAACAAGGACUCCGAAUCGUUUUCGAAGAUGGCUCUCGCUUAGUAUUCCGUCUCUCUGGAACGGGAUCCGCUGGCGCUACCAUCCGUCUCUAUGUCGAUUCGUACAUUCCAUCCAAUGACUCAUCUCGUCUUCUUCUCCCAGCUCAUGAACUUCUCAAGCCUUUGGUCCUGAUUGCUCUUGAUGUUUGUAAAAUGGAACAGUUCACAAACCGUAAGGCUCCAACUGUUAUUACCUAA